UUGCAUUUUCAUGUGGGUCCCAUCACUACCACUUCGCUUGCCCAUAAAUAUGUGCCCCUAAUACUGCAUUUCUUCCCUGUUCCUCCCCUUCCUAUUUUCCCUCGCCUACAAGAAUUUUCCGAGCAAUGUUGUCCACUUACCCGGCCGUUACCUUGCCCGAUUCCACCCCAGGAAGCCCGUUUCCUUCCUUCGAAACCAGGUUUGCUCCAUGGAUUUGUUCGGACAUUCACUCCGGACCAAUCCUCCAGUCCCCCGAACCUAUUGUGUCAAGUCCCCUCAGCCCGGACAGCCAAAACCCUAGGCCAGCCAGUCACUGCACCAGUGACUCCAGCGACCGCCCUAAUAGGUCCAAGAAGCCGGUGGUGGACGAACGUAAGAGGAGGCGGAUGGCAUCGAACCGGGAGUCUGCCAGGCGGUCAAGGAUGCGUAAGCAACAGCAUCACGAUAACCUAAGAAACGAGGUGAACCGACUUAGAAUCUUGAACCGGGAACUCACAAGUCGGCUGCAAGUGAUCUCCCAUCAGAGCCACCUUCUGCAGACGGAAAAUGAUCAACUUUAUGCCGAGCACACUUUUCUCCGGCUAAACCUAUUGGAAAUGAAAAAUGUUGUCCAGGCGAGACAGCUGCCGCAGUCCUCUUCUACUUGGCCGUGCAAUAACGUUACACCCUUCGCACCUGAACAAUUGAUCGCUCCAUUAGUCACGGAAUUAAUUUAAGGAGAAUAAUAAGCUCAUUAAUUUCAUUCUAAAGAGCCGGCCAGCCAUUAUAAGAGGAGCAUCUAUGUCUUUAAGAUAUAUAUAGAUAUACAUAUAUGUAUAUAUAUAUAUAUAUAUGUAUGUAUUUAUAAGCAAAGCUGCUUCGGUGGAGAUUUAGGUUAUUUUCGGAAAUAGUGGCUUUUUUGGUGAAUAGUGGGUCGGAAAUUAUAUUUUUGUACCAAAUUAUUACAUAUAAAUGUCGUCUAUGA